CGUCCUAUGUAUAACCUCGACCCCCCAGUAAACGACUCUCUCCGCGCCGUGGCGUACCGCGUGUGCUCUCUCCGGGAUCUCCUCCAGCCUCGAAAAAAGCUCUCGCACCUCCCCACGACCCCUGACCCUCCGAUGGUCCCGAGUGACUUCCCCCAGGUCUCCGCCUCUCUUUAACCAGUGAAAAACCUCCGUGAUGGCACCAGCGCGAAGACGACCCCUGCACCCUGGCUCGCCGAGUGGUUCCCCUGGGAGUAGCUUCCGCUCGUCGCGCCUGAACUUCCGGCCGACCUCGGGCAUGCAGGAGGACCGGGGCGGCACCAAGCCCACGACCACCCCGAGCUCGAUAGGUCUCGUCCUGAUGACGAUGCUCCUCCACAUCUGCAAGAAGUCCUUGCUGUUUGAUCCCCGCCUCAAGGUCACCAUCUACUGCGGCGCGAUAUUUGUCGUCUCGCUGGUGGCCGACCUGGCCCCGCCCCCGAAGACGUACCUGGCGAGGUCGGACAACGUCUUCAACAGGUUCUUCGUCAAGUGGGGGUGGGGGUGGCUGCUGACGGUGUUGGUGCCCUGGGUGCUGCUGACGGGGUACACGAUAGGCUGUGGGAAGAGGUCGAUCGUCGUGAGGCACCUCCUGAGGGUCGUCGUGGCGAGCUUCUUCUGGUUCGCCUGGACCAAGCUCUUCCUCCACGUGGAGAACACCUACGGCAGGUGCCUGGGGACGAGGGAGAACGACCUCCAGAGGAAGACGAGCUGCCUCAGGGCGGGCAAGUUCUGGAGUGGCUUCGACAUAUCCGGACACACCUUCAUCCUCAUCUACUCCAGUCUCAUCCUCGCGGAGGAGGGGGCAGCCCUCGUGGGCUGGGAGGGCAUCAACGACAUGGUCCUCAAGGAGGAGCACUCCAGGUGUGUUCAGGAGAGGAGUGCGAGCCCCCUGAAGGAGCUGACGGACAACGAACUCGAGUUCCUGAAGAUGACGCACAGGGGGCUGAGCCCUUAUGUCAGGGGACUCUUCGUGGGGAUGACGCUCCAGCAGGUGCUGUGGGACGUCAUGGUUGUGUCCACCAUGCUUUAUUAUCACACGAUGAUCGAGAAGUUCGUCGGGGGCAUCAUCGCGGUGCUGAUGUGGUUCGUCACCUACAGGUGGUGGUUCACUCUGAGUCAGGGGGGGCUCCUGCUGCCGGGGGAUGGGGUCUUCAAGUAUAAUGAGAAUAGGAGGACUGCCGGGGCCGGGAGGACGAGGAGGAAUACACUGAAUGGGGUGGGACCGAGCUUCAUGGGGAUGCCUCUGAGGACCGCGCAGAGGGAGGAGGGUAGGGGGACUGGGAAUGGAGGGGGCUCUCGGUGAAAAUUAGAGGUUUGCGGUGGGACGGCUUUUUCAGGGAAUUUUUUGGAAUUCUAUUGCUGUUCUAUUAGGAGUCUAUGAGCGAAGCAGUAAAACAGGUGAAAAAAUUCAAGAGAAAAACGACGAAUUUUUUGGAAAAUUCUAUUAGAUUUCUAUUGAACUUUCUAUUACU